AUGGUCCAACAUCUUCUUGCUGGAAGCCCUGCUACUUUUUAUUGCAUUCAUAGUCGUGUUGAAAAAGCGAAUCAGCUUUGUUAUGAAGUCUUCACAAAUGAGGCUGAUGCGUGGAAGCAGUGGCAAGGAGAGCCGGAACCAAGCAAGAAAUUAUUGGACUUGCUUUUACGUCUAGUUUUCCUUGUUGAUAUUCAAGUUUUACCGAACUUGAUGCAACUAUUGGCACAAUUGAUUACCAAGUUACCACAAGAUGCACAAAACAUAACUUUGAAUGAGUUGUAUUCACAAGUGGCUGAUUCCGAUGAUGUUGUCCGCAAACCCAUGUUGGUUUGA